GCACACGUCCGAGCGAUGCCGAGGGGGUACAAACCCCUCAAUGCACCCUCCGACCCCUCCGAAACAGCUCACCAACCUGCAGGUCCUUCGAGACGGGUCAAGACUGCCGUGGAGGGCCUCGGGUGGCCAGAGCUGGCUCGGAAUGGCACCGCAAAACCUCAGAGCGAUCCCAAGAUGGCUCAAGAGAUCGCCAGAGAGCCCAAGCUGGCUCCGCGAAGGGCUCCGCGGAGGGCCCAACAUCGUCGAAUCCAACACUCACACCUGAGCCAUCUAAAAAAAGUCCUCGUGGCCCCCCUCGUGGCCCUUCCGAGACCCCCCGUCUCUGGACGACUGCUGAUAGGCUUCCGGGCGGUGUCUGGCCUCCUGCGGAGCCCUCUUGGACUACGUUCGGCAUGGAGUCGGCCCGUCCUGGAGCCAUGCUUCUCGUCCGGCGGGAUCUAGAAAGGUCGGGCGAUGAACGCGAAGCAUCUUGCGUCACAAGCGUCGUGCAAAGUCGGGUCGGGCAAAAGGGGGGGGUUGGGAAAGGGGGGGGUACGAAAUCUGCUGCAUGCAGCUGGUUUCGGCCCCGCCGCCGGGCCCAUUCCUCGAUACAUGGGCGCCUCCCGGCGCCAGGAGGCGCCGGUAAAAUCAGCUACGUGAGCUGAUUCUCAAACCCCCCCCUUUGCUAUCCCCCCUUUCGCUCGGCCCGACAAAGGAGCGCACCGCUAGAACCAAUGCCCGAAUUCCACGGCCCUGCAAGAGCAGACGGGGAAGCCCGCGAACGGUCCGCUCCGUCUUCUUCGCAGCUCGCUUUACGCGAGUGGCGGCGCGGCCGAUCGAGAGGCAGGGAUCCCCGACAAAGAAGCAGCACGAGCACGCGCACUUGUUCCACGUGCGUUUGGUGGAUUCGUCGCCGAUCUCUGCCGCGGCUGAUGUACAUGUGUGUGCGCGCCCUGAAAGCGCACGCUCUCGCUCUGCUUCCCCAGUGCGCGGCUGUCGCCUUUGCUCUCUGCCUGUUCCAGUGUCUUGUCUUUACCACUUGGCUCGUCGCCUCUGCCGUGUCGGCCGCACUGCGCUUCCGCUUCCACGCGUCGCUCACUGCUGCCUGCUUAGGCCCAAGGACUACAACAUGCCACACAACAAUCAUGCAUUGCCAUAGCGCUGCUGCGGGCACGCUCGGAAGCGCAACUGGUAAGCUUUGCGUUCGCGUUGCUGGCUGCUCCCUCGUCCUGGGCAUCGGUCAGCACCUGAAACUCGCGCUCCAUCCUCUGCCUCGCCUCCCUCUCCCCCUGCCUCACCGCUGUCGUCCCCCUAGGCAGGAAUCAGCCCCUGAGCCUUGUACUCCUCGAGGACUGCCUCGACAUCGCGCUUGCAGCCGAUGACAACCGGGCACUUCUCGUGGAUCUUCGAGGGCACGAUAUGUCCAGCAUCCUCUGCACCCUGCCCUUGAACAUGCCGCACGAGGCCGCGCCGCCGGCGGCCUCCACGAUCAUGGCCAUCGGGAAGCCCUCGUACAGCACGCGCAGCUUGCCGUUCGGCUCCUUCUUGUCCGCGGGGUAGAGGUAGAUGCCGCCUACAAGAUCGUGCGGUGGACGUCUGAAACCAUGGAUCCGACGUACCUGGCGGCGUAUGGCUUGGCGCCCUGCUUCCACUUCUUGACUAUCGACUGCAUGGCGGCGUCCCAAUUCUGGCUGUUGCCCUCGUUGCAGCUGUAGAUCGUCUUUCCGCCACCCUCCGGAAGCUUGACGUGCGCCUUAAUGUGCAUAAACUCCCCGAUCGAAGGGUCCAGAACGAAACGGUGCACGCCAUGACCCUUGAACGUUAUGACGAGCUCCGUGGCGGAUCCGUACAUGCAGUACCCAGCCACGAGGAGGUCGUUGCCCGUCCGCAGGACGUCGUCCAUUGUAGCUGGCUCCUUCCCCUUGCUCUUCUUCUCGUAGAUGCCAAAAAUGGUGCCGGUGCUAACAUUGCAGUCGAUGUUGCUGCUACCGUCAAGUGGGUCGAACGCAACAAUGAAGCGUCCCCUCUUCGACUCGGGCACGAAGAUGGGAUCCUCGUUCUCCUCGGAAAUCAGAACGGCGCAAGUGCCACUGUUGACGAGGGCGUCAAUGAAAAUGUCGUUGGACAGCACGUCAAGCUUCUUCUGGUCGUCGCCAGUGGAAUUCACCUGGGUCGGCAAGCGAACCCCGGAAUUUUUCCAGGCAGAAUCUGGAAUUCCCAAACAAGCGAAGCCCGGAAUCGAUUCCGGCAAAACUCGAAAUCAGGAGCCCAAACCAAGAAUCCCUGGCAAACCAAACCCAAAACCCAUUCCAGCCCAAACCUGGACUCCACCUCCCCUGGGAGCUUCAGGGUGCGCAUAUAACACCCCACCUGCGAAAAUAGCGACACUAGCGCAACUCGCAGCGCGCCGGAGCCGCACCUCGACGGGUUGCGCGUGACAGCCCACUCCGCGGGACCUCCCAAAACCCUACGAAGGUGACGAUCAUGGCGCAAUUCUCUUGCACCGGCUUACUGUCGUUAUCCACUGGACACCCUGACUUUGACAACUUCCGCGCCUGGGACCGAACACCGGACACCUGGAACCGGAGAGCGGGGACCAAAGACCAAGAACGCAACGGGGACCC